AUGUCUUCCCCGGUCCGGCUACAAAACCCACGCGCACUACAAGAUCCCACCGAAACAUUCUACGCACACAUUGCAGCACCGGAGCCAGGCAGCCAGCUCGUCUACUUCGCGGGACAAGUCGGCGCCGACAAGCAAGGCAACGUCCCGGACGACCUCGUCGCUCAGACUCGCCAGGCCCUUGCCAACGUCAAGAGCUGCCUUGCCGAGAUUGGUGGGACCAUCCGAAACAUCGUCCAUGCCACGACCUACGUCGUGAACUACGACCCGGAAACGUCCGGCGUCAUCUGGCCGGUGUACAAGGAGUUCCUGACCGAUGAAAAUGGCACGUACACCCCGCCGGGAACCCUCGUGCCCGUCCCAGCUCUCGCGGCCCCGCAGUUCAAGGUCGAGAUUCAAGUCGUUGCCGCCGUACGGCCCAAGUCACGGCCCGUGGACGGUGCCACUGCCACCGCUGUGAUCACGGAUGUAGACGUGGUGGUUGUUGGCGCGGGCUUGAGCGGCCUUCAAGCCGCCACAGACGUUCAAAAUGCAGGCCUUUCGGUGGUGGUUCUCGAGGCCAAGGCCCGAGUCGGCGGCAAGACGCAAGUGGUCAAGGUCGGCAAGGGCGUGCUGGACGUCGGCGCCGCGUGGAUCAACGACAAGACCCAGCCGAGAAUGUAUGAGCUGUUCAAGCGCUUCGGGUUCGAGCCGCUCGUGCAGCGCGUAAAGGGCGAUGCGUUUUUCCGCGAUGCGAAAACCUCCAAGACCCGCACGGUCCCGUACCCUGAUCUCCUGCCGUUGAGCGAGGAGGAGGCGAGUGUCUUUCAGAAGAUCUAUGCUUCGCUCGACGAGGACGCGAAGAAAAUUGAUCUGUACGAUUCGACGGCGAAUGUGCACAUCGAGGAUGUCUCGCUGGGUGAGUACCUCCGCCGCCACGGGGCCAAGGAUCGCAUGUUCUCCGUGUGGACCGCGUGGUUUCGCGCCUUGACUGGCUGCGAGCCUGACGAUAUUGGGCUCGUUUACAUGCUCGACUACAUCAAGAGUGGUGGUGGUCUGAGCAGUCUGCUCUCGGAUGGAGAGGGUGGUGCGCAGUACUUGAGGAAUCGGCAUGGGAACCAAACAAUAUCGAUCCGCCUGGCCGCAAACCUGAGGCCUGGCUCCGUUCACCUAAACAGCCCGGUGAGUCGCAUCACGCAGACCUCCGACGGCGCUCUGGUCGAGACACUCUCGCGCUCCGUCUUCCGCGCGCGGAAGGUCCUCGUCUCAAUCCCGACCCCUCUGUACAAGCACAUCACCUUUUCGCCUCCCCUCCCCGCCGCGAAGCAGGAAAUCGUCGGGUCGACACACCUAGGCGCAUACUCGAAAUGCAUCCUGGUGUACAGUUCACCAUGGUGGCGAUCCGCCGGCGUCAACGGCGGCUUCUUCGACCUGUCUGGGCCCGUGGCGUUCUCACGGGAUGUCUCAUCCGACGAGGAUGGCGUGUUCGCGAUUGGGUGCCUUCUCUUCGGCGACUAUGCGGUCAAGUGGUCGCGGCUGCCGCCGGCGCAGCGUGCGAAGGCUGUCAAGGACCAGCUCGCGGAAAUGGUCUCUGAGGACCAUGGGGAGCUGCGCAGGAAGGUGUAUGAUACGGUGCGUGUCGUCGAGAAGCAGUGGUUGCCCGAGCCGUGGAGUGAGGGUGCACCGUGCCCAAUGGUCGCGCCGGGUGGCAAUUGGGCCAGGCUGGGAAACGAGUUGAGAAGACCGUUCGGGAAUCUGCACUUUAUUGGCACGGAGACUGCGUUUGAGUGGAAGGGCUAUAUGGAGGGUGCUGUCUUGGCUGGUGACCGUGGCGCGAAGGAGGUCGUCGAGUCGCUGAAAGAGGGCGGGCUGCACCUCCAAGCUAAGUUAUAA